GCGUGGAGUGCCUAUAAGAACAAUCUUAUAAAUUCCCAUUUUCUCCCCCUUUUUUACCUCCGUUUAACACCAAAACCCCAUUUCCCCAUGGACCCACCACCUAUCUCCGCCACCGUCGCCGCCGUCACUGCCGCCAUCAUCACCACCACCACCCCCACCCCUACCCCUACCUCCAACUCGCAAGCCUAUGCCGACUCAGUUGAUUCCUCUCCUCGCUCCCGGCACACCGAUUCCUGGGAUGAUCCACCCCUUAACAACUCUACCACCGCCGCCAACGCCGCCACGAAACUUCGGCUCAUGUGCAGCUACGGUGGCCAUAUCGUACCCCGUCCUCAUGAUAAGACUCUUUGUUAUGUUGGUGGCGAAACGCGUAUCAUUGUUGCCGAUCGUAACGUCACGCUCACGUCUUUAACGUCGCGUCUGUCUCAGUCGUUACUUAACGGCCGGCCGUUUAGUUUGAAGUACCAGCUGCCGUCUGAGGACUUGGAUUCGUUGAUCUCUGUUACGACGGAUGAAGACCUGGAGAAUAUGAUAGAGGAGUAUGAGCGUACGUUGUCGAAUUAUCAGAAGACUUGUAGGUUGCGUUUGUUUUUGUUUCAGAAUAACAAGCUCGAGUCCUCUCAAUCGCAAUCGAUUCUGGAGGGUUCGACCAAGUCCGAUGAGUGGUUUCUGAACGCGCUGAAUGCGGCGGGUGGGCCUUUAAAUCGUGGGUUUUCGGACUCCGCUUCGGUGAACUGUUUACUAGGUCUUGAUGAUGAGAUUGUCACGGCGGCCACUGGAGGCGCGGGCGGCGGCGUGGUGGGGAAGAAGUUCCAAGAUGUGCACUCGGUGCCGGAUUCUCCGAUGAUGGAAACGACAUCGUCGUUUGGGUCUAGUUCUUCAUCGCCUUUGUUGGCGAAUUUGCCGCCGAUAAGAGUUCACGUCGAGGAGAAUGUUAAUGUUAACAGUGCUAAGGCGGUUCAAGAUCAGAAACAAAUGGUGGGUAUUGAAGAGCAAUUUGGGCAGUUGAAUAUUGGUAGUGCUGCAGUUGCAAAGCAGGUGGAAGAAGGGUUUGUUGUGUUGUCUUCUCCUCCGCCACCUCCGCCUCAGACCACGGUUGGAAUGAGUGGGGUGGUGGUUUCCGGCGAUUAUAUGAAUAAGGUCAUCUCUGAUGAUGAGAGAUCGGAUCAUGGUGUGACUGUUGCGUAUAGAAAACCAACAGCUCAGCCACAAUCACAGCCUCAGCCUCAGAAGACAGGUGGCGGAGGAGGUGGCAGCGGCGGUGCUAGUUUCGAUUUGCCUUCCCCAGAUUCAGUUUCAAGUGACAGUAGUCUUACAAAUGCUAUAUCUCGUCAAAAGCCUGUGAUUUAUCAAGAUCCUGUCAUGCAAAUGCAAUCUGGCCCUAAUAGGGUUCCUGUUAAUCCUGUUGAUGCAAAGAUUAAUCUCGCAGAUCCAAAUACAAAUACUCGAGUUCAUUUACAGCAAGUUCAGGAUUCUGCUUCUGGGUAUGUAUUGCAGCAAGCUCAACUUGAACAACAGCAGCAACAACUGCAACAACAACAGCAACUACAACACCAGCUACAACAACAGCAUCAGCAACAACAACAGCAGCAGCAACACCAGCUACAACAACAGCAGCAGCAACAAUUUAUUCAUCCUGGUGCACACUAUAUUCAGCAACAUCCAGCUGUGCCCAUUUCACAUUAUUAUCCUGUGUAUCCAACGCAACAGCAUCAACAGCAACAUCAUCCUCAUCAACACCAUCAGGUUGAUCAGCAGUAUCCGGUGUAUUAUGUUCCUGCUAGACAGCCACAAGUGGCUUAUAAUAUGUCUGUGCAACAACCUAAUGCUAUCAGUGAAGCACCCACUAGUAUUCCUUCUAGCCGGCCUCAAACUCCCGCUGGUCCUGCAAUGGUUGCUCCUCCUUCAGGUUAUAAUCCCAUGAGAAAUGCUCAUAUUGGGAAACCUGAAAUUGGUGGUGCAGGUGUAUACAGAACAGCAGCUACAGGUGCUCCCCAAUUGGUGCCAGUACCUACCAGUCAGCAUCAACAGCCAUAUGUUGGUUACGCCCAGAUUCAUCAUCCGUCUCAAUCUGUUGCCGCUCCUACUUCUGCUGCUGCAACUGCUAAUUACGGUUAUGAAUUUGCCGAUCCUGCUCAUGCACAGAUAUACUAUACUCAGCCUAUGGCUCCCACAAUGACUGCUCAGUACCAAACCAUGGCAGGUGCUGCUGCUGUUGUGUUGCCUGACACUUCUUCUCAGGUUUCCGCUGAGAACAUCAAGCAACAACAGAUCAGAACUUCACAGCCACUAUAAAGUCUUUCAAGAAAGAAGAAACAAUUUUGAAGGAAGGGUUUGGUUUAUAUACUAUUUAAGUUUUCUUGUUUAGUGUUCUUAUUAUUACUGGUAUUGGUUUGUGAUGUAUUUGUGAUUAGAUAAUAAGGAACUGUGGAUUUGUUUACUCUUUCUUGUAUUUCAUAUCUCAUAGGAAAGGAUAAUGGUCUGAAAUUAUACUCUGUAAAAGCUCAAAACUCAAAUAUCAUGUUGCUUGUGCAGUUCAUAUAUCAUUCACUGAAUAAUCAUUUUUUAAGUA